AAGCAUCACCAAUAUCGAUCAGUGAUUCAAACAUGUUUUUUAGGUAUCAAGAUUAACUAUAUAAAGAGAGAAUAUCUUCUUUUACUGAGUGAGAGUCAUCAGCUUGUUGUUCCGUGUCAGCCAAUCAUCACCUCAGCAAAGAUGGCAUCAGGCUUUCCGUUUGCUUUGUUGCUCUGUUUGUCCAUCGGACUGUUGGCUCCAUCUUGUCGUGGACAAACCUCCUGCCCAGGUCCCUGUCCUCCUGGUUGGACUCAGUUCGGCUCUCGCUGUUUCAGUUUCAACUUCCAAGGAAAGAAUUGGAUCGAUGCAGAGAACUUCUGCAAGGCCGCCGGUGGGAAUCUGGCUUCAGUCCACUCAGAAGAGGAACACGUAUUCCUCAAAACCUACAUUAAGCAAGUGACCGGUGCAAACGGACGGGCCUGGAUUGGAGGCUUUGACUCAGUGAAGAAGGGCGUGUGGAUGUGGUCUGAUGGAUCCACAAUUGACUACAAAAACUGGGAUGUGGGGCAGCCUGACAACUUUGAUGGAGAAGAGAACUGUCUUGAGAUGAACUAUCAGGGAAGGAACUGGAACGAUGCGCCAUGUGACCGUACUACAGUAAUAAUAUUUCCUUUCCUGUGCGCCAAGAACCUGUGAGGCUUCCCGCCAUCAUGAUCUCACUACAGCUCAUCUAUAAUCUCUAUCAUUGAUUCACUUUCAGUUUGUUCUGCAGACAGAAACAGCUCUCCGCUGACAGACUCACUUUCACUUGUUUAUUUUCGGAAGAGUUAGGAAACAGUUCACAUUUGAGUUUUAACGUUAGAAGGAAAUUGACUCUCUGAGCUGGACAAAAACAUAAUCAGUUAUUGGACUUUUAAUCUAGUAAAUAACACAUAAUGAAAUACAGAAAAGAUUCAAAUACUCUGACAUCUUUUCCAUUUUAGUUUCCUGAAUAGUGCCUGUCAGCUCUGUCCAAAGGUAACAACAUCCACCUACCAGACAUGAGUGGUGAAGAUCUUCUCUUCAAAAAUGUCCAAAUAGAAAAUAAAAUCCAAAUGUUGUCUGAA